AGUCGUUAGCAUUAGUGUCAACAUCCGGUUUAACAACGAAAAUGAAAACGCAGAGUUGAAGAGAGGUAGUUCAAAUAAUAUCAGACAUGUAUGCGUAUGCGGAGAAUGUAAAUGACGCAGAGUCAUAUCAGCGUGCUGUACGAGAGAGAGCCAACGCUAGCCUUCACGGUCUGGAGGAUGUGCUGUCGGGCAGCCCCAAUGCCACGCUGAACACAAGUACUCGAGCCAAGGAGCAGUUGAGUGCAGCAGUGAAUCCUCGACAUCUGCGUUGGUAUGAGUCAGAGGCAAGGCCCCAGAAGUACAGAGAUGCUGUCACAAGUCUUCAACACAUUCUUAAAGACUCUGAAACACAGGCUUCCACUCAUGGCCCUUUGCCUCCGCCAAGCUACCCUCGCGGACCCCUACCUUCAGCAGAGGAGACUGCCUCCCUUCUACAGCAGCAGGCCGCCUACAUGCACCAGAUAGAGGCAGAAAACAGAUACAUGAAGGACGAGUUUGCAAGUGUGAGGAUCAAGAUCCGAGAUGUGCUGGAAGAGAACCAGCGGCUGCACGAGGCUCUGAAGCAUAGCGUCAUGGAGGAGAUAGGGGCCGACCUUGACAUGAACAAGAUGACAUUUGACCUAGAGAAGGCUACAGAAAUUGGCAGUGUCAAUACCAGCAUGCAGAAGGGAGGUGGUCGUCAAUGGCAACAUGAACUGGAGAAGCUGACUGCCCUUCACAAUGCCAAGACUGAAAGGCUCGAGUUACAGCUGAACCAUGCCAGGGAGGAGAUCGUGAAGUAUGAGCAGCUGGUGGAGGAUCUGAGGGCCCAGCAGAGACUGCAUGAUGCUGUACCCACACAUGAGGACGGACUCACGGACAUGUACAUGUCAGAAACACAGAGGGGCUACCACCAUGCCACCAUGGACAGGCUUACAAGGGAGAGGAAUGACCUUCUGGAGGUGGUGGCCAGCCUGAAGCACAAGGUGAUGGAGAUGUCCCAGAGAGAGGAGGACGCCUAUCAGCAGAUGAAGAAGGGCAUAGAGCUGGUGGAGCAGGCACAGCUGGAGCAGACACAGGCGCUGGUGCAUCGUGAGCAGCUAGCCGAGGAGCUGAACAACAUGAAGUCUCGCUAUGACGCCCACGUCUUGUCCACACAGCAGCGGGUCAAUGAGGAACGAGAGGCGGCCAGGCGGCAAAGCAAGGUCAUCAUCGAUGAGCAGACCAACAAGAUCAAGGAGUUGCUGGUGCAGUUCACCUCUGCCCAGGGCGAGAUGGAGAGGGCUGUGAGGGACAAGGUGGACCUGCUCAAUCAGCUGGAGGCCGCUAAACUGGAGCUCAAACGCUAUGAUAAGGAAGUCUCACUGGCAACUGAGAAUUUCAAUGCUGAGAGCACGACUGCCAAGAUUCAGAAGAGUCAUGCCAUGAACGAGGCCAGUCGACUGAGGAGUGAGCUGGACGAAGUCAGGAGAGACAAGGACCAGGAGAAGAACCGAAUAUUAUCUGAGCUUGAUGAUUUUCGUCGUCGCCUCAACAAAGCUGAACGUGAACUGGUGAAUAGCAAGGAAGAGUGCAUACAUUUUACUGCCAAUGCUCAGGCUUUAGAGAGGGAGCUUCACCUGGCCAAGCUAGCGCGUGAUAGUGUGGAGAGGGGCCGGUCUGAGGACCUGAAAGUGCUGACCAAGCGUGCCCAGUCCAGAGAGGAGGAGCUCACUGGGGUCAUCACAGACAUGGAGGAGCAGCAUGAUCACACUACGUCAGAGAUGGACACCAUGCUGUCCAAACAGAACAAGCUGAUAGGCAAAUUAAAGAAUGAGUGUCGGAAACAGGCAGCACAGAUAGAGGCCAUUCUGAAGGAAAAAAGAAGUGAAACAGGCAAGUUAAGACGCUACAAUGAAGAGCUGAAGAAUCGUCUGCAGAGAACCAUUUCACGCCUAAAGGACCUGGAAGAUCAGGUUGAGCAGCAUUCCCGAGUACAGGAGAAGAUGACAGAGCGUAUCAAGAUGAUGGACGACCACUCACAGCACCAGGGAUCUCAGGUCCUGGAGCUGCUGACCCGCCAGUCGAGCCUGCUGCAUGACCGCCAGGUGCUGGCCAGCGAGCUCGAGUUUCUACGCAGGAACAUCUCAAAGGCCAACAUGGAGGAGGGGCUGCAACUGGGCUCCUCCAACAAGCUGCUGGUAGAGGAGGUACUGGGACAUGUGAGGUCUGACAGCACUGAGAAACAUGAGAACUACGUGACCAAGAACAAGGAGGAGAGAAAUGGGCUCUAGCAGGAGAUAGAAGCCACAACAUGUGUAGUAAAUAAGUGACUGUAGAUUGAAUGAGGGGGCUGCAACAUGCAUAGUAAAUAACUGACUUCAGGUUGAAUAAGGACAUAGCAACUUGUGUAUUAAAUAACUGACUUUAGAUUGAAUUAGGGGGCUGCAACAUGCAUAGUAAAUAACUGACUUUAGAUUGAAUUAGGGGUCUGCAACAUGCAUAGUAAAUAACUGACUUAAGAUUGAGGGGGCUGCAACAUGCAUAGUAAAUAGCUGACUUAAGAUUGAAAUAGUGGGCUCGAAUAUGAAUAAUUAUAAAUUGACUUUAGAUUGCAUUCUGAUGCUGCUACAUGUGCAGUGAAUCAUUGAGAUUAGCUGGAAUCAUUUACAUGUGCAGUGAAUCAUUGAGAUGAGCUGGAAUCAUUGACUUGCUGCUACAUGUGCAGUGAAUCAUUGAGAUGAGCUGGAAUCAUUGACUUGCUGCUACAUGUGCAGUGAAUCAUUGAGAUGAGCUGGAAUCAUUGACUUGCUGCUACAUGUGCAGUGAAUCAUUGAGAUUAGCUGGAAUCAUUGACUUGCUGCUACAUGUGCAGUGAAUCAUUGAGAUUAGCUGGAAUCAUUUACUUAAGCUUUAAUGAGGAUGACCAGUAUUUAAUAGACUUUAGGAUGAAUAAUGAAACUGGAAAAUGUGUACAGUAUGAAAGAUCAUACAACUUUGAGAAAAACAUUAAACUUAUGAGCAAGGUGUUUAUAUAUGAAUCAAUACUGUAUGAUAUUUAUGGAAUCCAAUUGAUGGAGUAUUUUAUACAAUUAAAAGUGGUUGAUGGGCGAUUGUCUUUUGUGGAAUUGUGUUAUUUCAAGUUGCAUGGAAAAAGAAGUUUAACUUAUAUUGUAUUACUUUUGUAUAGGAUAUUUGUAUUGUGGUAGCUGCUAGCUAAUUGUUGAACAUUGGAAUUAUUACUUUAGUGAGUAUUUCUCACUACAUCAACAAUAUUUGUAUAUAAAAACAGCGCUUGAAUCUUCUGAUGUGUUAAGUGGUUCUGAAUAGCUUGCCUUACUUUCAAAAGUGAAGUUAAAAGCUGCUUACAUUUGUACUGUAUGAUAUAUGAAGAUUAGCUUGGAAGAUAUGUUUAAAUAAAAAAACAAGGCAGCAACCAUAAUUUAUAUCAUGAUUUCUGUGUACAUUUAUUUAUUGUCUGUGAUAUGUGCUUCAUUUAUUGUCUUGCAUGAAUGCAAAUAAAACAAAGAAAUUUUU